GCGACCAAAAAUCCCUGUAAGAAAGGAAUAAUGUCCAGGUACAUCCUCCCUUCACGUCUCACCAGCAUCUGCCUUGUUCUAUGAACCCCAAUCUCCCCCCUUAAAAUCUCCAUUUUCCUCACUCUUAGGGUUUCGGUGCUUCUACUUCAUCAAAUUCUUCUAUGGAAAUUUCAUCCUUGGUUUUUUCAAUCAUUGAUUAUAAUUCCUCCCAAAAACUUUGUCAUUUUUGUUUCAAUUGGUGUUGUUGUUAUUGUUGAUUUUGCUAGGGUUAAUUUGAUUUUGCUUUGGUUGUCUUUUAAAUUGUUGUUGUGAUUGAUUAUGGAUUUGUCGCACCCGCAAUCGAAUCUCUCUCUUGGAUUUCUCUCGCACGUAUCGGCUCCUGCUUCGUCAAUACCCGCGAAUUCGAACCCUAAUCGAAUAUUAAUCAACGACGAUUCGAUUUCAUUUCAGAUUGAUUCAAGGUUGCGCGAGUCGUCGAUUCCGAUGCCAUCGAUUCCGCUGCAAUUGCUGGAAUCACAGGCAGUGCAGAAUUGUAGAAAGAUCGAGAAUGGGUGUGUUGGGGAGAGAGAGAGAGUCGCCGUGGUGGAGCCUAAGAGGGAUGUUGGAGAGGAUGCUGAGGAGAGAGAAGAAGAGAAUCGUGGGGAGGACGAGGAUGAGGAGGUGGAGGAAUUUCGUAUUCUAGGUCAUUCUAUGUGCUUGAAACGUCGCCGAGAUAGGGAGGAUUCGGUGUCUUCUUCUACAGCUUUGGCAAAACGGGUAUUUUUCGAUUCGAGUAUGGAAGCGCGUAAGGGUGCAGUCAGAGCAUGGGGCAAUCAGCCGUUGCGAUUGGCCGACCCUGAAAUUUUUAAUAUUAUGGAUAAAGAAAAACUGAGGCAAUGCAAAGGAAUUGAGUUGAUUGCGUCGGAGAAUUUCGUUUGCAGAGCUGUGAUGGAAGCAUUAGGAAGUUCCUUAACAAAUAAGUAUUCGGAAGGAAUGCCUGGGCAGAGAUACUAUGGAGGAAAUCAGUACAUAGAUGAAAUUGAACUUCUAUGUUGUGACAGAGCAUUGGCGGCGUUUGGUCUCAGUUCAGAAAGCUGGGGUGUAAAUGUUCAGCCAUAUUCUUGUACAUCCGCAAAUUUUGCAGUUUAUACCGGGCUUUUGUUGCCCGGGGAUCGGAUCAUGGGAUUGGACACCCUUUCUGGAGGGAAUAGUAGUCAUGGCCAUUAUACUCCCAGUGGAAGAAAGGUGUCUGGGGCCUCAAUUUUCUUUGAGAGCUUGCCUUACAAGGUGAAUCCCCAAACUGGGUAUGUAGAUUAUGAUAAGCUUGAGGAGAAGGCGCUCGAUUUCCGUCCUAAAAUACUGAUUUGUGGUGGUAGUUCUUAUCCUCGUGAAUGGGACUAUGCAAGGUUGAGGCAGAUUGCUGACAAGUGUGGUGCUAUUUUGAUGUGUGAUAUGGCUCAAAUUAGUGGUCUUAUUGCUGCUAAGGAAUGUGUCAGUCCUUUUGAUUAUUGUGAUAUUGUUACCUCUACAACUCAUAAGAGUUUGCGAGGUCCUAGAGGAGGUAUAAUAUUUUUUAGGAAGGGCAAGAAACCAAGGAAGAGAAGCUCAUUGAAUCCAUCUGAAGAUAAUGAGCAAUAUGACUUUGAGGAUAAGAUAAAUUUUGCUGUUUUCCCUAUAUUACAGGGUGGUCCUCACAACAACCACAUUGCUGCUCUUGCUAUAGCUUUGAAACAAGUUGCUAGCCCUGAGUAUAAGGCAUACAUGCAACAAGUUAAGAGAAAUGCACAGGCCUUGGCAUCAGCUUUACUCCGAAGAAAAUGUAAGCUACUAACAGGGGGCACUGACAACCACUUGCUACUCUGGGAUCUAAGGCCUCUUGGAUUGACAGGUAAGAAUUUCGAGAAGGUUUGUGAAUCAUGUCAUAUUACUCUGAAUAAAGUUGCUUUGAUUGGUGACAAUGGUGCCAUAACACCUGGUGGUGUAAGGAUUGGCACACCUGCAAUGACAACAAGGGGCUGCCUGGAAUCUGAUUUUGAGGUGAUUGCAGACUUUCUAAUUCGAGCGGCUCAAAUCACGAGUAUAAUGCAGAGAGAACAUGGAAAAGUAGCAAAAUGCUUCAUAAAAGGUUUACAAAGCAAUAAGGACAUUAUUGACUUGCGAAACCGUAUAGAAGCUUUUGCUUCUCAAUUUGCUAUGCCAGGAUUUGAUGUAUAGUUUACAGCUGAUGAAUGAUGGAAGGAUGUAAUCGUGCAUCAGCCAUUAUAUCUCAUUUAGAAGCAGUGUCAGGUCAUCAUUUGCAUAGUUCACCCCUUUUUCUCCUGCCACCUUCUCCUUUGUCAAACUCACAGGGUGGGAUGGUUCUCUCACGUUCCUGCUUCUGGACAAAGUGCUGUUCGUCUCAGUCAUGUUUACACAGCUGAUCCUUGGUAUGUUUAGACUUGAUCAUUCUUUACGGGCAGUAAUAGAAUGUUUCCUGCCUUUUUCUGGAGUUGGACCUGCUAUAGCAACUCUACUUCUCAACCUUUAGGUCUACGAGUGAACAAGGAGCUUUUGCUCUUUUUUUUCCGGACUCUUUUAAUGUGUUUGACCAUGUUAUUUAUGUACAGUCAAGAUUAGCUUAUGACUUGUUAUUAUACUAUUUGGGGUAUAGCAAUGGUAGUGAUGAUUUUGAGGUUUGUACGCACGAGUUUAUUUUUCUUUUACCAAUUGUAUAGUCGGAAGGGAAAUCUGUUGAUAAACAUGGGAUUGACUAUCAAGUAGCUAUUUGUAAUAAGAUCUAAUAAAAUGCGCCAUAAAAAUGGGAUUUUUUGUCA